AUGAAUCCUGUCGUCGUCGUCACUGGUGCAUCCAAAGGAAUAGGUCUCGCCGUCACAACCAUUCUGCUAAAAAAAUUUCAUGCAAACGUCGUCGCGAUCUCCAGGUCCACGACCCCACAGUUACUCGAGCUCAAGUCGGAUGCUCUUUUGAUUUUAGAGUGUGAUGUGUCAAAGGCUUUAACGGAAACCUUGCAACACGCUGCAAAUCACUACCAGGGGUUCGACGGUCUCAUUUUGAGUGCAGGUACACUCGAUCCUUUGUGUCGCAUUGCAGACGAUACUCCGCUAUCCUCCUGGAAGAAACAUUUCGACGUAAAUUUUUUCUCCCUCGUCACCGCGGUGAAUGCAGCCAUUCCAUCUCUGCGCAGGAGCAAAACAGGCGGGAAAGUCGUUUUUGUAAGUUCUGGCGCAGCACAAAAGGGUACAGCUGGUUGGGGUCCCUAUAACGCAGGGAAGGCCGCGAUGAAUUCGUUGUGCAGGACCCUUGCGGAAGAGGAACCGAACGUGGUUUCCGUCGCCGUCAGACCCGGAAUGGUUGACACUAAUAUGCAAACAACUCUCAGGGCAAUGGGGGCGGUCUCGAUGACAGAAGCCAAUUACGAAUUUUUCGUAAAAGCUCACGCUGAAGGGAAACUCGUUAAACCCGAAGAAUGUGGGCACGUCAUUGCGGCUCUGGCACUCUCGGCUCCCAAGUCAUUCAGUGGGCAGUUUGUGAGUUGGGAUUCAGCAGAGUGCGCGCCAUUUAGAAAUGAAUAGAAAUCUCACUUCUUGAUUGAGU